CCGGGUACUGUCGCAUACCUCGCAUCACGCGGAGCCCACCCUUCUACUCUUCUGACUUCACAACUCGCAUGGCAUGUUUCGGCUGCUCCCUUGGUCCUCUGCAAUCGGGGGAAAUAAGGUGAUGGCCGAGGAGCUCAAAAUGCUCGCGACCUCGCCGCACUGCACUGCGCCCGGCGUCAGUGGCCUGCCGCUGCCUCAGCUGAAGCGCAAGCGCUCUGACUCUAGCGAUCCGGCCUCCGAUCGCGAUGCUCCGGUCGCAACCAAGCUACGCGCGGACGAUGCACUGUCAAACCCCAUAGCUGUCCAGCAGAGCUCUCCGACCGUCAACAGCACGCCUGUGUCGCGCGACCCGGCCUGCGAUAAUCCAUCGCAUCCGUCGCAUCCAUCGCCACACGCCACAAAUACGAUCGCAUCCGACCCGCCUGCUACGAAUCGCGACGUCAGCGCCCGCAAAGUAGACGCGGAUACACUGCGUGAGACGUUGGAGGCACAGCUGAGCCUGGAGGUGUUGUUGAAGCACAACGAACUGCGACUGAUCGACCAGGAGAUCGCCAAAUGUCAAGUCGCUUUGGAACAGCUACGUCGGUGCGCCGAAAUCCCAUAUCCCGGCUCAAGCGUGGCGGGCCACUCGCAGUCCGUCAGCAACGGGACGGGUCUGGCGGUAUGGGCUCCUGAAAAUGGACCUGCGCCGCAGUCGCCCGCGCCCUGGGGGGUCAUGGAUGGGCCUUACUCGCGUCACUAUUCUAGGUGGCUACUUCCCGACCCGCGUUUCGACGGAGGAGAGCUCGAUCCCGAGACCCCUCUGGCUGGAAUCCCUAUGGAGGGCCGUGCGACGCGCGGCAGUUUGGGGGAUCUGGGCUACUUGGCUGGCAAGACCCGACCCUCGCGGGGCUCAGGCGGCAUGAAACUCCAGGCUCUGCCCAAUGGCUACCCGGCAGCGAAGGAGAAGGUCGGGCCCAUGUGCAUUCGACGAAAGUCGGAUAACGUGAUGGUGAAGUUGGUCUGCCUCGACUGCCGGCGGGACAACUUCUCCAGCACCCAGGGCUUCAUCAACCACUGUCGCAUUGCGCAUACCCGGAACUUUGCUAGCCAUGAGGCCGCUGCGGUGGCGUCGGGCGAGCCGGUCGAAGUCGACGAGGCUGGUGCCGUCGUGGGGGGCAAGCCUGAGACAUCUAGCGCGGCCACGGCCGGCUUCGUGCACCCGCUGAUCCGGUCUGCCCAUGUGAUGGAGCCGUCCUCAGCGUCUGCGUCUGAGGCUACGGGCGACAGUGCGACUCCCCGCAAGCGAUCUUGCCCGAGCCGACGGGCAUCGUCCGGGGUGGAAACUCCUCGGGGAUCAGCCCGUCGUCCGCCUGGGAAACGCGCCACGCCCGCCACUGGGACUGGGACUCCAAGUGACUCAUUCCUGGGCUCUCCAGCCACUCCCCACCUCUCGUCUCUGAUGCAGUCCCGGGGCGUCGGGCUGGACCUGGAUCGGUUGGUGGGCGAGGCGAAGACGGCGGUGGAUCUUGGCGACUACUCGUCCGACGAGGGCGAGUCAGAUUCCGGGUCUGUGCCACCUCCGACGGAGAUGAGUCACGAGCAGACGACGCCGCUGGGUGUCCGUGCCGGCAGGCAACCGAUGCGGACGACUGCCUCGCAAGCGACCGCCCAGCGACCCGGCAGCCGCAAGGGGCUCGAUCAGACAGGUCACACCCCCUUCCCCCUCGAGAGUUUGACGCCCACGAAGCCGGCGCCUUACGAAUCCCCGUAUCUGCCCGUGGCGUGUUCAUCGCGGUCGACGCAGAUCGAUGAGCUGCGGGGGGUUGAUUCGGUGCCGUCGAUCAGCCCAAACGCGGUGGAGUCGAACCAAGCGCCGAGUCUCGUCAGCGACGACGAUGACUAUGAGGCGGCAUCGGAUUCGGAGAGCCCGGGGCCGAGCUCGUCGGAGGCGGGCGACCCGGAGGACUUUGGGCACAUCGAUGUAGAAGACGAUGAGGACAGCACGACGUCGACGGCGGCGCCCGAGGCGAAGCCGGACAUGGGAAUGGCGAGCGCCGCGACGCCCCGACCGCCGCUGUCGAAGCCGCUGCGGCGCAGCACGAAGAAGAAAGACCGAGUGAUGUCGGCGCCGGUCGUUCCACUGAGCCGUACCCGCGACGAGAAGCGCGUGAGCUUCGUGAGCCCGGACGCGAGCCCAGCGACGAGCAAGAAGGACAGCCCGCGAGGACGAUAAACGCGAUAGACUUGCCUGCCUUGCCUUGCCUGCUUUUCUGUGGGGAGGGGCGGGACACUUUCGGCCGUUGUAAUUGUGACGGUG